CAGCGUGCGAGUAGCGUGAUGGCUGGAGGAAUCACAGAGACAGGUGCUGGCUACUCAAGGCUGGUUGGUCUGAUCUACAUUUUCAACCUGAUCGUUGGCACUGGAGCCCUGACCAUGCCUAGCGCUUUCGCCUCUGCUGGAUGGCUUCUAAGUUUGGUCAUUGUCGUCGCACUGGCAUUGGUCAGCAACAUGACUGUGUCUUUUGUGACUGAAACAAUGGGUUGGGCUAAUGCAAAACUCAGACAAGAUGAAGGCCAGUCGCACGUGCCACCCGUGAACAAACCGGAAAUUGAUUACAUAGACGAUGUGGACGAGUCCAGUGCAUUACUACCAGAUUGUGAAAAUGGUUCGUUAGACCAUGGCACGAAUGCAUGUGAAAUGACAGAGAGGACAGAACUGGGUCAGAUGGCCAACAUGUUUUUCAACAAGUGGGGCUUAUUGGCAUUCUAUCUGUGUAUGGCUCUCUACUUGUACGGGGAUCUCGCCAUUUACGCUGCGGCGGUACCAGUUUCACUCAGGGAUGUUAUAUGUACCUAUAAGCUCCCAAACGCAACAGAGGCAUGUAACAAUUCCCUAAAACUGACCGAUAGUGACACGUGUUGGGAUGGUAGAGAUAUAAGCAGAGGACAGGCUUACAGGAUAUGUCUGGCGAUUUUCUUUGUGACCGGAGGUCCCUUUGUUUUCUUCAAUGUGCAAAAGACCAAGUAUCUCCAACUCUUCACUACUUUGAUGCGAUGGCUUGCAUUUGGUACCAUGGUCGUCCUUGCUGUGAUACGAUUGAGCAAAGGUCAAGGUCAAGGUCAUCCAAAGGCGGCAGAUUUCUCUGGAAUACCGAAUCUUUUCGGCGUUUGUGUUUACUCCUUCAUGUGUCAUCAUUCACUACCGAGUCUGGUCACUCCAAUAAAUAACAAGAAAGGAUUAUUUAGACUUAUUGGAAUAGAUUUUCUUCUGAUCCUAGGGUUUUAUGCUUUAAUUUCUUUCACAGGAAUAUUUUCUUUCAACAAGCUCAACGAUUUAUACACAUUGAAUUUUCUCCCAGACCCAUGUGACUCUUCCGAACCAGUUACAAACGUUCAAGUGAUUCAGUAUUUUCUAGCUCUGUUUCCAGUUUUUACUCUUAGCACAAAUUUUCCGAUUAUUUCCAUCACACUGAGAAAUAAUCUCAAAACGAUGUUUUAUAAAGGAGACGCCAAUCCAUAUCCCUGGGUUGUUGACAGAAUUGUCUUUCCAUUAGGGGCCAUAAUACCACCAUUCAUAAUAGCAUUUUGUACAAGUCAAGUGGAGUUCCUUGUAGGCGUCACAGGGUCAUACGCAGGCGCCGGAAUUCAGUAUGUUAUACCAGCGGCGCUAGUAUACUUUGCCAGAAAAAAAAUGAAGAGUAUAGUCCCAAACAUGAAGAACCCUUACACUUCACCUUUCAAACAUGGAGCGUGGAUUUGGUUUGCAUAUAUAUGGGCAACAGUAUGUAUGGUUAUCGUCACAGUCAACCAUAUAAUUACUGGUAAAUAGAUCUAGAAAGCAAUUUUCUUUUUGUAAUAUUGUAUUACUGAUCAGCAAUGACGGGUGCUUUAUGUAUUGCUUUAUUAGUUUCUUUGUUUGAUAAAUGCUAAGACUUACAAUUUCUAGGAAAUGAUUCGACAGGCAUAAAGACUGUUUUAAUAUGUUGUUUCCUUGAGUUUUAAACCUGAAUGAAGAUUGAUUUACAAAAUUAUUUUACAGAGCGCUGAAAUCACUAAUAUAUACAGAUAAGUUGAGGUCAUGACACUUGUACAAUAUAACCCAUUAUCAGUUCAAAGUUACUUUUAAUCAUGUAAUUAAAGAAGUCUUUUUCCUUUUAGACUACAAAGUAUAUUAAAUGACGUAUUUUUGUUAGGAAAACGUCUUGAUUUACAUGUUGCAAUCGCCUUGUGUCUGUCGUCGUGCAUUGUUUGUGACGAUUUUGCUUCCUAAAAAACCAUGAGCCAAAUUUGAUGUUUUUUUGCAGAAACCUUCCAUGGCAAAAUUUGAACAUUUUUAUUUGAUGGACCCCAUAAACAGGGGUCUGGUUCAAAUUUAUAUGGUAGAAUCAAAAAAAAAAAUUAAUAUGGGACGGCUGUUUAUGUUAUGCAUACUAACAUUGAUUUUACUUUAUACUUUACAUGACACCGUGUAAUUCAUGCUACUUUUCAACAAACUUAUUUCUAUGACUUAUGUAAAUGGGGAUAAAAUGGUAACGUUUAUGGAAUUCAUGUGACCGUUAAGGUUCUUGAGGCGCUUCUAUAAUUCAACGCAAUGUCUUUCAACUCUAGCUGAUAUAUAUUGACCUAAUGAAACCAUGACAAUUGAAUAAUAUCUCACUACAACAUUUUCUUGGUUGAAUACUGUUCGGAAUACACAUACGGAUCACUGUUCAUUCGAUGUAGUCGGUACCCCUAAUUCUUGCUGUAGUAUAUUGUCUAAUGUGAAGCCAGGCCACAGGGACAUUGUACUAGUAUAUGUAUUGUAAGUAUAGUAACUCCGUGCCGAAUCUUUUGGAAAUGCUACGAAACCGUUAUUUCCUGACGUUGUAUACAUUCCUCAGAUAAACGUAACUGGACAUCUUUAUUCCGAUAAUGUGUUCGGUUUAGUUAGUUUUAUUGUAGUUUUCUGAGAUAGUACGUUGACAACGGUCUCCGUUUCUAUUUUUCUAAUAUGAGGUACUAGCUUUGGAAUCAUCCAAACGUUUUGUUGUGCCAAAAUUGAUGUUGACUGGCAUAAUUGUAAAACAAUCAAGGUAGCUUAUUUUUAGUGAUAUUAUGAUAUAUGAUAUGUGUUAUUUAUUUUAGCUGUGGAUGAAAAUUAUUGUAUUUAUGUCAUCAUUGUUAUCUCUAUAAUCAAAACACAGAGGUUAAAGAAUGAAAUGUCCCGUGCAAAUUUUCAAAACUGGCUGUAUAGGAGUCUGGAUAUCAUAAUGCUGUUAAUGUAUGCUCUUGAUGUAUCUCUCAUGAUCUCUUUGUAGCCGGUUUGAACAGAUUGUGUUUAUUCAGGAAAUUUUCCACUUAAAGAAAUUCCAUUCCUGAACAAAAUUAGUUUGGCGUCAGCUAGAUCAACUUAUCUUUACAAUAUCUGUAUUACGUAUCGAUUAUAUUUCCUAAGUUCUGAUGACUUUGUUUUAUAAGAAAUUGCAGUGUAUGAAAUUAUGCUAAAUAUAUGCAGAUUACAGAUACUAACUAGCCUCGUCUCUCGAUUCACUCAUCAUAUGAUGGGUAUAUUGACAAACACGGUAUGUAAUUCAAUGAAGACAAGUGGGAAGUACAAAGCAAGUUCCGGCGUUUCUUACCUCACUGUCAAUCCAGUCACCUCUGUGGCCUUUCACACAGGACUGGGUGCAGAUUGGCCUUCCUGCUAUUAUAUAGUUUUCAGAAUGGACAAAAUAAAUGUUACACAGAUAUAUACAUAACUAAAACGACAUGAUUUGAUUACCAAAUAAUAUUAUUCAUCGUAGACAUGUUUUGAUUUUGAUAGUGAUGUCAUCAGUGAGGUUUUGAAGUGAACCACAGAGUUCUUUUUUCUGUCUUAUUGCCAAACGUUCUUUGAAAUGUAAUCGAUAUGAUAACAAGAUUUUGAGGGCAUCGUCUUAAUUAUAAUUAUAAUAUUGUAACUUUUUAACAAUGCGAUUUUUUUGUUUUAUGCAAAUGUAAUAUUAUUUUUAAUUGAGUUUAUUUCAUUUUUUGUUAAUGACAAAUUUAACAGCUUCAGGGUUGUGAAGUUGACAAAUUGUUGCACUGUUUGCAAUUGUUUAUUUGUAUGUAUUGUUUAAACGUCCGGAAUUGUUUUCGAACCUUGACAAUCCCUGUCUAGAGUUGUCUCUUCAUACGUUAAGCAUUGUAAGCCUGUCAUUCAUUGCCUGGUAAUAAACUACCUCCUGUUUGUAACGUUAGAGUCGUGUGGUAGUUCACUAAAAUUCAUACCUACACAUACUUAAUUCUUAAAAUCAUUAUUUACUCCUGUCAGUGUUCAAACUGCUUUCAACUGAUCUGAAUCCACCAACCAUGGGCAGACAAAAAUGAAAAAUCGAAAACAAAUGUUACUAAAUCACGCCUUAAUACGCCAAUAAAC